AUGGACGCCCUCGAGCCCUGCCCUGCGCCGGGGCAGAAGCGCACGGCGCUGUCGUACCUGUUCCCCAAUAACGACCAGGUGCUCAGCCGGCGAGCCAAGUUCACCGACGACAUCGAUACCGCCACCGCGUCCACGCCCCCGCCCGUCGUGGCCGCGGACGACCACGAAAAGCCCAAAAUCGAAGAGGGCCUCAUCGAGCAGAUCAAUGGCCCCUACACCGGCGAGGAGCCCAAGGCACUCCCACGCACGCUCGGCCGCUUCGGCGCCUUCUUCAAUAUGAUCGCCUUCUCGUUCGCCCUCGGCGUGCUGAGCAUACCCAUGGCCGUCGCCACCAUCGGCAUCGUCCCCUUCAUCCUCCAGUGCCUGUUCUUCGGCUUCCUCUCGUGGUACACGGGCUACCAGUACUGGCGCAUCGCGAUGAUGUACCCCGGCAUCCACAACCUCCAGCAGGUCGGCGAGCUCAUGUACGGCCCCUCGUGCGCCGUGGCGUUCGCCGUCAUCCAGGCCGUGUUUGGCAUCUUUGUGCAGGGCAGCCAUGCCCUGCUCGGCGGCUACGCCUUCUACUACCUCGGCUGGCACGGCUGCAUGGUCGGCAUGGCCGCCGUGUUCGCCGUCAUCUCGUGGAUCGUCACGCUGCCGCGCUCGUACAAGCUCUUCUCGAUGUUCGCGGCCACGUCGUUCACGUCGAUCAUCACCGUCAUCAUCAUCGCCAUGAUCGCCAGUGGCGUGACGGGCCCCGUCAACAAGGACCCAUCCGACCCGCCCCGCGAGAUUCUCGCGUUCGGCGCGACGAAGCAGAUCCCCCACUCGUUCCUCGACGGCAUGCUGUACACCAGCAAUGUGUUUGUGAGUUUCGGCGCCACCACAUCGUACCUGCCGAUCAUCGCCGAAAUGCACCACCCACGCCAGUUCCUCACGAGUCUGAACAUGCUCGUCAUCAUCUCCAUCGUGCUCUACAUCAUCGUCGGCUGCAUCAUGAACUACAACCUGGGACAGUAUACCAUCUCGCCGUCCCUCGGCAGUCUGUCGCCUAUCAUGGUCAAGGUCUCCUACGGCCUCAGUCUGCCCACCAUCCUCGUCGCUGGCUGCUGCAGCGCGCAAGUGACGGGCAAAAUGUUCCUGCUCAACUUCUUCAGCAAGUCGCGGCGGCGGUUCCUCGAGAACAAGUGGAUCCUGUGGUCCGUGUGGAUCACCAUCAACUUCCUGUCCUGGGUAGCCGCCUACGUGCUCGCCGAGCUCAUUCCCUUCUUCAACUCGUUCCUCGGCAUCAUGUCCUCCGUGUUCUGGAGCACCUUCCUCUUCCUCGCCUGCUGGUUCUACAUCUGGCGCCACCAGCACGACUACCACCGCACGUGGCGAAACAGGCUCGGCCUCGUCGUCGCCCUCCUGAUCAUCGGCAUCGCAGGCUUCUUCCUCAUCGCCGGCACAUGGGCCGUCGCCGUCAGCAUCCGCGACCUCUACAACGCCGGCAAGGUCGGCGGACCGUUCGAGUGUAGCAUGCCGGUCUAG